CGAGUGAAUAUCAUCCAGUAGUGUCUAGACUUUGAGACGCUGAGCGUCUAUUUAUCGUUUAGUGUGAAUGCAUUAAAAGUGUGUGACUGCGAAUAUUAUCAACAAUUUUUCAAUUAUUUAUUAUUAAUAAUAUUGUCAAAUUUUAAUACUAAAAACAAUUAUCAAUAAUUCUACGAUAAAUUAUUUAUUGAUAAUCAAAGUUAGUGAUUUUGUGUCAAUUACCAAAAAAAAAAAAAAAUUAUUAAAACGCGAAAAUGUACAGAGAAAUUAUUUAUCACGGUGUGAAAAAUCUCAAAUUAACAAAAAUAGGAAAUAAUAUUUUCAGACGAUUUCACAAUGGAAAUCAGAAAAAGGCUGCAGUCCCAGCAUCAAUGAGAUUAGGAACUGCCAGGUAUUUGGAUGCAGCUUAUGGAAGUGCCUUGGAAUUAGAGCGCGUGCCAACACGUAAUUUCAGCUUUAUUCAUGACAGCCAUUAUAUGUAUACCAGAGAUCAAGAUCAAGCUAGUAAUGUUGAAGAUGUUCUCUUUGACAUGUUCAAAAAUGAAGAAACCGGACUAUUACCCGUUGGAAAAUUUUUAGCUGCUUUGAGAACUACAGGUCUAAGAAAAAAUGAUCCCCGUCUACAGGAAUUAACCGAUAAUUUAAAACAGGAGCAUAUAAAAACCGGUGGUCACGAAGGCAUAUCCCAUGAAACACAAAAAUUAGAUCGAGAACAAUUUAAAAGAAUCGUUAGUCCAAAUAUUGUUCUUAUAUCGAGAGCAUUUAGACAUCAAUUUACAAUUCCAGACUGGGCUGGUUUCAUAAAACAUAUCGAAGAUUUUUAUUGGAAAUGCAAGACAAACACAGAGGGAAAAGUAGCUUCCUAUAUUCCUCAAUUAGCUAGAAUGAAUCCAGAAUAUUGGGGAGUUUCUGUUUGUACAAUUGAUGGACAAAGAUUCAGUAUUGGUGAUACGUCAAUUCCAUUUACACUUCAAAGUUGCAGUAAACCAUUGACGUAUGCAAUUGCCCUUGAAAGAUUGGGCCAAGAAGUUGUUCAUCAAUAUGUUGGACAAGAACCGUCUGGAAGAAAUUUCAAUGAACUUGUACUCGACCAUAACAAAAAGCCACACAAUCCAAUGAUAAAUGCGGGAGCAAUUUUGAUUUGUUCACUUUUAAAGGCAUUAAUAAAGCCAGAAAUGACGUUAGCUGAAAAAUUUGAUUUUACAAUGAAUUAUUUUAAACGUUUAUCCGGUGGUGAGAAUUUGGGUUUCAAUAAUGCUGUUUUUCUAUCGGAACGUGAGGCAGCGGAUAGAAAUUACGCCCUUGGAUUUUAUAUGCGGGAGCACAAAUGUUAUCCAGACAAAGUGGACCUGAAAGCAGUUAUGGAUUUCUAUUUUCAGUGUUGUGCCAUGGAAGCGAAUUGCGAGACAAUGUCUGUGAUGGCUGCCACUUUGGCAAAUGGAGGAAUUUGUCCAACCACAGAGGAAAAAGUAUUGAAACCCGACAGUGUUCGAGACGUUUUGAGUUUAAUGCACAGUUGUGGAAUGUACGAUUAUAGUGGACAAUUUGCUUUUAAAGUCGGAAUUCCAGCAAAAUCAGGAGUGUCCGGAAGUUUAUUAGUUGUCAUUCCAAACGUCAUGGGAAUUUGCACAUGGUCACCACCUUUAGAUCCAUUGGGAAAUUCUUGUCGAGGCGUUCAAUUUUGCCAAGAAUUGGUCUCUGAAUUUAAUUUUCAUAGAUACGAUAAUUUGAAACACGCGACAAAUAAAAAAGAUCCAAGAAGGCACAAAUAUGAAACAAAAGGAUUGUCAAUUGUAAAUUUAUUAUUUAGUGCAGCUAGUGGAGAUGUAACAGCAAUGCGAAGUCUGAAAGAACUAACAAAAUGGCAUCGACUGAGUGGUAUGGAUAUGACAUUAUCUGAUUACGACGGUCGGACAGCUUUACAUUUGGCUGCAAGUGAGGGACAUUUGGAUUGUGUUGAAUUUCUCAUCGAACAAUGUGGAGUACCUCAUAACCCAAAAGACAGAUGGGGUAAUAGACCAGUGGACGAGGCACAAGCUUUUGGACAUUCUCAGGUCGUGGAAUAUUUACAGAAUUAUGAACUCACUAACAAUAAUUCUCAGGCCGAUAAAAAUAAUGAUCAAGAUGGUACUUUAAAUAAUGAGAAUGAAAAAGUUAACAAUCCCAAUUCAGGUACAUCUUCUGGUAAUACAUCACCAUUAUCGUGAAGAAAUUAUUAAUUAAAAGAUUCAAAAAGGUAAGAAAGAUCAUCAACAAAAAAAAAAAAAUGCAACAGAAUAUCAAAAAAGCACACGAUUCUUUUAAUUAUAUUUUAAAAAUAAUUAAACAGCAAACUCAAACAAAAAAAAGAGAUUAAAAAAUGAUAAAUAAACUUUUAAUUAUUCUUCAAAAUAUUAUGGAGAAGUGUAGAAAAUAUAGAAAAAAUAAUUGGAAAAGAAAAGAAUUUUUAAAAUUGGGAUAAUUUUUAUUUUAAAAAAAGUACUAAACAAAACAAACUUUUUAAAAUGUAAUGCAGAAAAUGUGCUUUUUUUAAACCAAAUUUUUUUGAAAAAACAAUUUUAUUGCGUCUUUAUGCAAUAAAAAUAAUGUUUGGUCAAUUGUAAACAAUAGAAAAAUUGUAUCUAAUCGUUAAAAAUAUUUUUGAAGAGCAAAAUUAAGAAACUGAGUGGAAAAAAAGUAAGAAUUAAAUUUUCAAAGAAAAAUUAUGAUACAAGAUAUCAAAAUGAGACAAAGUGAGCGAAUUUAGUAAAUUCUGAUAACUUAUGUUGAUAAAAAAAAAAAAAAAAAAAAAUUAGAAGUAUUUAUUAAAGGGACUGUGAUUAUUUAAUAACAUUAUUACGCGCAUUGUACUUCCUUGUUUAGUUAUAGAGUUUUAAAAUGAGUUAAUUAGAGAUAUUUUAAAUUAAAAAUCUAAAACUAACUAAGCUUUAAA